UCCCGUGCCCCAUCAACCAGCAACGACGACGCCGACGCCAUCCGUCGACCCCCGGAAUCUUUACCCUCGAAAUCCGAGCAUGCAGAUCAUAAUCUAAUCGACGCCAUGCUCCCUUUCUUCCAUUCCAGUUUCCACUCCGCUCGCUCCUAUCCCUGUCGAGCACCACGACGACGACGACGCUGCUUAUUAAAACCCCGGGGCGGAAAUCCUCGAGGCGUUCGUGGGACAUCGUGCGACCAGCCCAACUAUUUUUAACUCCCUUCCUGUCGCCGCCGAUCCCAUUGCACAUUGUGGCUACGCUCGCCGAGAGAGCCACUCAGUGCGGCCUUGUGCUCUAACCCGCCUCCACAGUCUCAGCCCGUCCCUUCGUCCUCGGGCGCUUUUCUGGGCGCUUUUGGAAUUUUCCAGUCAGUCCUGCGUUACAAUUUUCCAGAUUUUCUGAUCUCGUUGACCGAUUUCCCGACCCUCGAAUAAUCUGCAAAUCUCGGCUUCUUGAAAAGAAAAAAGGAAAGAAAAGAAAAGCCGUGUCCGCACAAACGGAAGCCUUUUCUUGCGCAGAAGUGAGAUUACGGUAUCGAUGUCCAUGGAGGGAGGGAGGGAGGGAGGGCAAGGAACUGAAAACUCCGGAACCAAGAAGCAAUGCUGUCUUUUGACCUUCCGCCUUUUGACAUUCUCCUCGACCUACGGAAUAUUUAUGCGCAGCCCGGUACCCAUGACAGGGAGUCAUGGCCGUCUGUGAGCGGAAGCACGCACGCACGCUCAGCGAUGGGGAACGGGCUACCCGAAUGCGGUUGUCACGAGAUUGCUGAUGAUACGGAGACGGAAAGCGAAUUAAUGAGAGGAGCUUUGGAGAUCAUUGUUUUUACUUCCGGAGCAGCAGCUUACAGUUAAACUGCUGCUGCUGCGGACUAAUAAACAGAUCGCAGGGAAACGUGGCCCAAGAAGGCCCGGCGGCAAAUGCAGCACAGAAUUGUAGCGGGCGAAGACUACUGCAUCAGCCGCAUCCCGCUCUUGCCUCCGGGUGGCACUUUUCCUCUCGCCUUGUACGCCACGGCCACGGCCUUGUGCUGCAGCAGCAGCAGCAGCGCCUUGCAGAGGACGGUGCUAACAAGGUAGUGAGUGAGUGCUGUGAUAGCGAGCGAGGUGCUGCUGGCCAGUGGCCGAAAAGAAGGAAUCUGGGAUUUCUUAAAACGCGGGCGGGAUUAAUUAAAGAAGAAAGUAAUUUGGGAUUAGAGUCGGGUCAUUGAUUUACUUGAUCUGUGACAGAGAACAGGGAAAGAAAACAAGAGCAGCACUGAAGCGACGAGCUCUGACUCUCUCCCCCUCUCUGGAUCCAUCUAUCUAUCUCUAUUUCUCCCUCUCCCUCUCUUUCUCUCUGUCUCUCUUCCUCGCUCAGCAGCGAAUCAUCAGAGACACGCAAAUUGAGACAGAAAGAAAGCCCACGCACAUUUGGAUUUGAUCAGCUUCCCACCUGCGAUGGCUUCGGAUACGCAGCCUGAAGGUGACGACGAUCCUCGGGCUAAAGUCGAGGAAUUGGAAACUGCUCUGAGUGCUGCGAAGAAGGAACUUGCUAUGAGGGUGAAGCAUUAUGAGAGUAAACUCAUAACAAUGACGGUCAUUAAUAGCGCACUCACGAAUGAGAACGAGAAGUUGAAGGAAGAAGCUGCCAAGUUUCUUGACCCAGAUGCCUCAUCUCAAGAAAUGACGGAGCUGCAAGAGGAGUUCACUAAACGACUGGGAGUGGCUGAAAGAACAGCAGCCACCAUGAAGGAAGAAUGUUUCACUCUGAGACAACAGGUCGAGGAGCUGAAGAAGGGCAAAGAUCUUGUUACUAAGGAACUAAACGAGAAGCAAAGUUCAAUUGAACAGUAUAUCAUGGAGGGGGAGAAGCUUUCAAAGAAAAUGGGAGAGCUAGAGAGCAUCUUGAAGAGAUGCCGGUCUGACUUGGCAAAAUCAGAUCAAGAGAAGGAGAAAUUGUCCACGCAAGUUCAGAUCCUAGAAGCUGCAGCAAGACAAGCUGACAAAACUAGGUCGAUGGACUACGAGGAAAUAAAUCUGGAUCUUCAGCACACUCGACAGCUACUGGCGGAUCAGAAAGAGCACUAUACCCAGCUUUUGGAAGAAGCAAAGAAGCAGGCCGAAGACGAUUUGCGGUAUACACAAGAAGAGACCUCCUCUCAACUGUCAAGUAUGGCACGCAAGAUGGAAGAGCGAGAAAGAAUCUGGUCUGCUAAUAUGGAUGCCCUUCGCACUAGUUUGACAAAAUCCACACAAGCGGCAUCAGAGCGCGAAGAUUCACUUAGAGAAGAGAUUAAGAGACUGGAGGUAAGAUGUAGGACAGCAGAAGCGUCGCAAGAGGAAGCAACUGCUCGUCUGACGGAAUCAACUAUGCCACUAGUACGCCAGAUGGAAAGCUUGUCGAUGCAGUGCUCCCAGCGAGAGGCUAUCAUGGAAGAAAGGGAACGACAACAUAGCUAUCAGCUGCAAGAGAUGGAGACUGUUGUCAAAAACCAUAUGGAAGCAAUGAAGAAAGCUGAAUCUGCAGCCCAGGCUGCCGAUAGACGCGCGUACAUUGCAGAAACUUCCGUAUUUGAUGUAAGAGCAAAGGCACGAAGCGCUGAAUCCAAGUUGCAGGAGGUGGAAUCAGAGCUUCUGGAAGUCAAAGAGAUGUGUCUCGAAGCUGAAGCAAGAGCUGAGAAAGCUAGAGAGGAGGCUGAGUUAAAGCUUCUCAGCGAAAGGAAAUUGAGAGAGGAAGCCCAACGGACCUUGAAAAUGUCCAAGCUGGAGUUCACGGCUGAGACUGAAGCUUUGAAGAAGCAGCUCAAGGUCAUGAAGGCAGCAAUGGAAGCACAGCAGAAGGAUUUUGCCACACGCAUGGAAGCCAUGACACCAGCAGUGCCUGCUGAAGAAAAUGGCGACACAGCUAGCAGUGGUAGCACAACUUCCACAGAGAGGCAUUUUUUCAAUACGAAAGACACCCCAGUUAGGAGGUUAGGGUCCUCAUCGGACAUCAUGGCUGGUAUCAUGGAUCUCGACCCUGCUAGAGGUGGACAAGGUUUAAAUCAUGUUGCUACGGAACGUCUUCUGUCUCAAGUCAGACGGUUCCAAGGUGAGGUACAACAACUUCACAAAGAUCUCAAAGCUGCUCUGCUUGCUCGUGAUCACGCAAGUGAGGAUCUCCUCAAAGCAACAGAAAGAUUGAACAAGAUGGAGAAGGAGAUUGCAGCUGCAGUGAAAGUUCGCAAAGAACUGGAAGAGCUCAAGAGAAGGCAUGAUAUGGCUCUUGUCAUCAUUGGUGAGCAGAACGAGAAGGCAGACGAGCUGGAGGCAGAUAUGGCCGACGUAAAGGCUCUCUACCGCGAGCAGAUGAAUCUUCUGAUUUCGCAGGUUGACCCAGAGAAAUGGCCAAAUGGUUAUCGGAUCUGCUUGUUCUGCUCACAUUGUGCUCAGGUUCAAAGACGCACUAAACGCAUCCAAUAGCACGAGCCACCAUUAAAUUUGGUGGCAUUUGAACAUACCAUUUUUUGAAGAUAGUAAGGUGGGUAAGUCAGCCAUAAUACAUCACAUUGAUGUGCUCCAGAAACCCCAGGCUUGUUCGGGCAUCACAAGAUGUGUGUUGCAGUAGAGUCAUCGAGGGAACUCUAGCGGCAACCUCGCCUUCGGUCCAGAGGCAAUACGAUAAAAGUGGACAGGCCCUUUAUAUGUAACAAUUGUCAUGUGCAUGCCGGUACAAGGACACGCACGGAACGGCGGGUCUGUCAUCACAGAGAUGGAAU